CGUUAACCAAAUUUGAGCUUGAUUGUGUAUAUUCCUAUAACAUCCGAAUAAAUUGUUAAUUAAUUAAUUUAAGAGGUAGAAGAACACGAGAGGAUCAAUAUGGCACCUGAUAAUAUAUAUCGACCUCAUCCUCGAUAUGCUGAAGGGUUCCCUAAUCAAGGAAACUUGAAACGCUCCAUUUCGGUGUUAUCCUUUACUUCGUUGGACAAUAUGCGAUCAACGUUGUCCGGGUUAUUCACUCCUUUGAAGCUAGAAGAAGAAGAAGAAGAGGAUGAUGAUGAAGAACCUUCCAUUCAUGAUUAUGAAGACUACGCAAGUAAGCAGAAGGACGACGAUCUCAAAAAAGAAAAAGGAAGAAAACGGGUUAUCAGAGUACCCAAUUUAUCCAUAAAGUUACUGCUUUUCAAGUUUUUGGCAAUCUUCGGGUUAGGAGCAAUAUUUACUUACAUGGCUGAAGGGAUUGUACAAGAAGCCAAAUUAUCACUUUUGACUGUACGAUACGGGAACUGGGUGUUUAAACCAAAUUGGUCAGUUACUUUUGGACUUGUAGCAAUAGGGCUUGCAGUCUCAUAUCGUUUAAUGGAUGUACGAUAUCCAUCUGGUUCUUCUGGAACAAAAACAUCAAAUUCUUCUCAAUUUCAAGUUUUUUCAAGAUAUCUUGCUGCUUUUGCUACUCUACUUCUCACUAUGAAGAGAUUAUUGAGCACUCAGAGCACACAUUCUUUUGCUGCUUUAAUUGCUAGCGCUAUUACCAUCUGGUAUGUGUUUGACCGUUCAAAAAAUGGAUUUACUGUAUCUUGUGUAAUGAGUAUUGUUGGCAGUAUAACGUAUUAUGUUUUUGUUGAUAGUGCUCCCUUCAGUCUGUUCGAAACUAACCCUCCGGAAUACCAAUUUCGUUACUGGAUCCCCAUGAUUCUUUUCUCUGCCUCAACUAUUGUAGGAAACGCUGGUCGUCUUCUCUUUUAAGUUUUUAUGAUGAUUUAUAAACCUUGGAUUCUUUAAUGUAUUAUUCUUUCUUUUUUAUGUUUGUAAUUGUUAUGGCAUUCUAGUAUAUGAUUUAUAUGGCAAAUGCUUAAAACACUAUAGGAUUUCUCUUUCAGUCUACUUUAUUAAAUUUUUCAUUCUGUCUAUGGAUACGUUGGUCAAAAGACGAUGAUUCCACAUGCAUACUCGGAAAAUUGCCUAAUUUAACAAACAGAAAUGGAAAGUAUAACUUUCCCGUGCCUCUUUCGUCCAGUUCAUUUUUUUGAUUGUCGAUUCGACGAAUGCUUGAAAAUUUUGGUUUAUCAUUUUGAAGACGUAUUAUUCAUCCUAAAAAGCACGGAAAGGUAAACGAAUACUCGUGUAUGAAUUCUGUUAGUCUGUUUUCUUCUUCUAAAAUGUAUUCUCGUACAGAUUUCAUGCUAAACGUUUCAUUGUCUGUAGUACUUGAAAUGUAAGUGCAUUGAUUGUAUAAAUACAACGAGCAAGGUGGUGUAUCCAGAAAAGUCUUGAUGAAUCCCUCUGAAGAUGGAUUUCAUUUAUUUAUCUAUGCGUAAUUGCAUUAAGGUAAAAACAAACAUAGAAACGUAUCUAUUCCCAAAAGUUGGCGCGUGACAUACUCCUUAAUUUCUUUUAAAAGAUAAAGAUAAUUAUUUAUUUUGUAAAAGUGUUACAUUCACUCCAUUUGAA